AUAUGAUUAAGUAUAUAAGAUUUAAGCAUACGUGAUUAUGCUAUUCACUAAAAACUACAGUACUGAUUUAAGUGCAGGCAAGUACUAUAUUUAUAUUUCUCUGCGAAGAAUUGCCAUGGACGUAUCAACUGAACCGAGAAAUCUUAAUGGAGGGCGCGAGGAUGUUUUGGAACAAUCUGACUAUUUUAUGGCAACUGCAUUUUUAACUGCUCAACAAAGCAGAGACCCAUGUACACAAGUUGGAGCAGUUAUAGUGAACGAACGUAACAUCAUUGUUGGAAUAGGACAUAAUAAAAUGCCUAACGGAUGUGAAAAUUUUCCUUGGUCUAAACAAAAAAAAAGCCUAAAGGAUAAACAUCUAUAUGUAUGUCACGCUGAAAUGAAUGCAAUUUCAAACAAGAAUAUGACAGAUUUAAAAAACUGUACUAUCUAUGUUACUUUGUUUCCUUGUAAUGAAUGCGCAAAAAUUAUUAUACAAUCAGGAAUCCGUACAAUUGUUUAUAUGUCUGAUAAGAACGCAUAUACAAACAAAACACGAGCUUCGAAAAUGAUGUUUGAUGCUGCAGGAGUGACCUACAGUCAAUUUGAACCGAAAAAUAAAAGAAUAAUUGUUUUCGACUAUGAUGAAAUCAAUAGGAAGGAAGAAGAAGUCACGCCCACGGAUUCCUGCACACCUGCUAAAAAGAUCAGGCCAUCCUGAUGGGAAGAUGCGGUCCUUGCAGUUUCCACGAGCACCUGCACCAAGCCGAGGAGACUCUUUUCUCACAUUUUAAAUUCAUUCCAUUGUCUUUACUCUUACUGUAAACAUCUUGUACUUUAUUAAAUAAAAUUAAAAUUUAUUUUUUUGAAAAGA